UUGAGGAGGGGCUUCUCAGCUUAUUAAAUGCACUCCUCCCCCCUCCUUUUCUAUUCAAAAUUCGAACUCACACCACAUUUCCCAACACCCUCCUACCACCUUGAUGCUUUCUAGCCAGCUCUUAGUCUUGAGAAAUAGAGAAAGAAAUCUCAAGGGUUUGUACUAAUGGAAGCAGUAAAGAAUACAGAGAUCAGGAAGAAGCUCAUCAUCUGCUAGGAGUCUGAAGAAAAGGAAAGCUGAGAGUUGGAAAAUGAACACGGCGAGAUUCAUCAAGUGUGUCACAGUUGGUGAUGGAGCUGUCGGAAAGACUUGCAUGCUUAUUUCUUAUACAAGCAAUACCUUCCCCACAGAUAAUUUACGGUCUGUUAAUUAUAUAUUAAUGAUGUUUUUCCUUGUUCAAAUCAGUGCUAAUGUGGUGGUUGAUGGCAGCACAGUUAACCUUGGACUAUGGGAUACUGCGGGGCAGGAGGAUUACAACAGGUUGAGGCCAUUGAGUUAUAGGGGUGCAGAUGUUUUCUUGUUGGCCUUCUCACUCAUCAGCAGAGCCAGCUACGAAAAUAUCUCCAAGAAGUGGAUUCCUGAGCUGAGGCAUUACGCCCCUACUGUGCCAAUAGUGCUUGUUGGAACCAAACGUGAUCUUCGGGAUCACAAGCAGUAUUUGAUUGAUCAUCCUGGGGCUACGCCUAUCACAACUGCUCAGGGUGAAGAGCUGAAGAGGGCAAUUGGUGCAGCUGUUUACAUAGAGUGCAGCUCCAAGACUCACCAGAAUGUUAAGGCUGUGUUUGAUGCUGCAAUCAAGGUGGUUUUGCAGCCCCCUAAACCGAAGAAAAGCCGGCGACGGAAGCAAAGCCCAUGCACAUUACUCUAAAUCCAAUUCGGGUUAUAAUUCCCCUUUUGUUACAGCCAGGGGACGCUUGUCUCUGUCCUCUUCUGCUGUGUAUUCCAGUCUUUCGAACCUAUCAUGUUGUCCAGUUCCUUUUUAUCUUUUUAUCUACUAUGCACUAUGCUUCAUAUGCAUUUCAUAUAUAGGAAAAUAUAUGAUUUUACGUACAAAUGUAAAACUUUGUGAAGGGCAGAAUGUAAGAUACCCUCUUUUGUACUA